CUCUCUGCUGAAUCUUAUUGAUCCAGAAGGUGGCUAAUUAGCCCUUCCCGUCGUGCCUGUGUAAUGAAGCACAUGCGCACUGAAUUAAUCACAGCCAUUUUUUGCAGGAAACUAAUUAGCAGGAAUAAAGAUCCAAAGAGUUUUUUUCUUUUCAAUCAUCAGAUCUCACUUUCGCCCCUUCCUCUCUCCCUCUAACACAAGACUCAUCGCCUGCUUUGCAUCCAAAUUAUUUUUAUAUUGCCUUUACAACUAAUACUCUGUUUUUUUUUACUCUCCGCAACAACAAUGAUCUUUCUUUUACCAGCAUCCUAAACGCAAACUGACCAAAAGGGACUGCCUUGAUGGGAUCUUUAGCCAAAGCGUCUCAAUACUGGAUUAAAAAGCACGGAUCUCAAAGCGGCAGCAAAACAUUGCUUGGAUGCGAUGAACGCCUCAUGUAGGCAUCAGCAUGGAAAGCUGUGAGUCUCCCGUGGUUUCUGGGACAGACGAUGGGCUUGGCUCCUCUGCCACCUCCCAGCAGCAGCUCUAUCCACAGCCCUGGAACGAUCACGCUAACGCACAGGUCUCAUCCUGUAACCAGCCCUCUUCCUUGGAGCACUUGUCUCUCUCUGCACCCCACCCAGCUUAUCUCCAGAACCCCAGCACACCCCGCGAGACUGUGAGAGAGCAUCAGCAACAACAAACACUGUCACAGGCUCCCAGCGAUAGCUCCACUACCAGACGGCUGCACCCUAAAGUAGAGAGAAUAGAGGUGGAGGAGCAAGAGGGAGUGAGCUGUGGAGAAGAGGACGAAGAUUUGGAAGACUUGGACGAAAUGGAGAUAGACAGCUGUUUCCCAAGUCUGCAGCCCUUCCCUGGUGUACCCAUGGUGCCAAGUGCAGGGGGCAUGCCCAUGCUCAUGCGGCAACAACCCUCCCAUAUGAGAGGAGUCACAGAGAGUGGGAGUGAAGGAGAGGAAGAGGAGGAAGAAGAGAGUAGUGAUGUGGAAAACCUGGCGGGAGAGAUAAUCUACCAGCCCGAUGGCUCUGCCUACAUUGUGGAGAGUCUCAGUCAGCUGAUCCAAAGUGAUGGGAGCAUGGAAACAGGCCUGCUCACCUCAAACUCUCUUCCAAGUGGGGGAAAGCCAGGGGAACCUGCAGGGACCUCCUCUUCUGUGUACCCUCAGAUCAUCAACACGUUCCAUAUAGCCUCGUCUUUUGGAAAAUGGUUUGGCUCCUCAGACCAAGGUUUCCCCAAUACCUCAACCCUGGCAGGCCUCAGUCCUGUCCUGCACAGUUUCCGUGUCUUUGAUGUGCGGCACAAAAGCAACAAGGAUUACCUGAACAGCGACGGGUCUGCCAAGAAGUCCUGCGUAUCCAAAGAUGUUCCCAACAAUGUGGAUUUCUCUAAAUUUGACAGCCUGGCCCUGUAUGGCAAAGGCAAGCCUAUCCUCAUGUGUUUCCUCUGCAAACUGUCCUUUGGCUACGCACGUUCCUUUGUCACUCACGCAGUCCACGAUCAUCGCUUGACCCUGUGUGAGGAUGAACGCAGGCUUUUAGGCCACAAGCAUGCAUCAGCCAUUAUACAAGGCAUUGGCAAGGACAAAGAGCCACUCAUUAGCUUCCUAGAACCAAAAAAUAAGAAUUCUCCUCCAACGCCCAACCUGGUAGCUAUGAACUCAGGCCAGAGCUUUUAUGGCACAUUCAGUGGGGUUCAUUUAGAAGGGGGAGGCUGUAGUGAAGGAAGUGAGAGCCUCCUAAACAACGAUUCUGAUUUGGGUCUCCAGCAACAAGCUCUCCUCACAUUUGGGGGCCUUGGCAGCCCUAAACCACCCUCCCUUACAUCAACCCCAUGCCCAGCCAAAGACUCCAGCACUCUGUCCAAGAUGCAGGGUAGGAGAACAGAGGGGUUUUUGGGGAAAGUGGGGACUCAUAGAGGGGAGGAUGGGGAUGCAGGAUCCUGUGAAAGUAAGGCUCUCCUUCCCGGUGAGGAUAUGGCCUCAGAGGAAGAGGAGGAGUUUCUUUUAGAAGAAGAGGAAGAAGAGGUAGAGGAUGAAGGCCAUGGGGUGGCCUGUAGUGGAAGUAGCAGCGGGGGCUUAUUUGUGGGGGAACUGGCUGUUUCAAACCAAAGCAUCUCCAAAUCUCCUUUAUUAAUGCCUAGUAGCGCUCUCCAGCCUUCUGCGUCUCUCUCUGCAGCCAGCCCCACACACAGCAGCAAAGCUUCUGCUUCCAUGUCCUCUUCCUCUAUCAGGGGGUCAGAGGAGGGGAUAGCUGCAGAUGGUGGGGGGAGGACUUCAGAACUCCCUCUGAGCUUUAACUGCCAGGGGUCCACAGUCCCCAUGGCAAUGGUGGCAGCCAUCGGCAGUGGGGGUGAAGAGGACGGGGCUGCCUGCUCCUCUGCGAGCACAUCCUCCCCUCUUGCCUCCAAUGCCGCUGCUGAGGAAAGUGCCAAUCGAGAUAGUGCCACAGCUCCUGAACCAAAUGAAUGCCCAGCAGAGGGAGAGGAGGACAGCACUGCCCUCCUCCACCACCACCUUCACCACCAUCACCACCACCCACACCCUUCACCCAAUGCCUACACACACCCCCAUCAUGCAGCUGCUUGUGACAUGUCAGGAAUGGGUGAAUGCACCCAGAACCAUGGGGCUGGGGGCAAUGGAGUAAGCGGGGUGGAGUGCCCAAAGUGUGAUACAGUCCUAGGCUCCUCACGCUCAUUGGGUGGCCAUAUGACCAUGAUGCACUCACGUAAUUCGUGCAAGACACUGAAGUGUCCUAAGUGUAACUGGCACUACAAAUACCAGCAGACCCUGGAGGCCCAUAUGAAGGAGAAGCAUCCGGACUCUGGAGGCUCCUGUAUGUACUGCAGCAGCGGACAGAGCCAUCCCCGUCUAGCCCGUGGGGAGAGCUACACUUGUGGCUACAAGCCCUUCCGCUGUGAAGUGUGCAACUAUUCCACUACCACCAAAGGAAACCUAAGCAUUCAUAUGCAGUCUGACAAGCAUCUUAACAACAUGCAGACAAUACAGAAUGGAGGAUCUAUUCCAACUGCUGGUGAACAGGUGUUUGGGCAUGCGCCUGGUGGGGUGGUGCCUGUUUCCACUGCUACCCAGGCCAGCAGCCAUCACCCUAGUCACCACCACCACCCAACCCAGUCCUCCACCCACAUGGCAGGGCCCUGUGGUACGCCCUCACCUACCAAGCCAAAAAGUAAGCCCACCUGGAGGUGUGAGGUAUGUGACUAUGAGACCAAUGUAGCACGUAACCUGCGCAUUCACAUGACGAGUGAGAAACAUAUGCACAAUAUGAUGCUGCUACAACAGAACAUGACCCAAAUGCAGCAUGGUCGGCUUGGUUUUGGGGCCAUGCCAUCACCUUCAGAGGCUGAGCUGUACCAGUACUACUUGACCCAGAACAUGAGUCUGCCACCGGGCCCUAAGAUGGACCCCUCUGGAGCUGAUGCCCAGUUCUUACUUGGAGGUUUUCAUCUGGACCCCAACAUGGCGGCCCUGGCCCCAGCACUAGUUGGAGGGGACAUGACCAUGGAUGUACGCCUGGGUGGAGGACAGCUGGUCUCCGAGGAGUUGAUGACCCUCGGCGAGAGCCUAUCCCAGACCAGCGACCCCUCCCUCAAACUCUUCCAAUGCGCUGUGUGCAACCGCUUUACCACUGACAACCUGGACGUGCUGGGCCUGCAUAUGAGUGCCGAACGCUCGCUCCCCGAGGACGAGUGGAGGGCAGUGGUGGGCGACUCGCACCAAUGCAAGCUGUGCCAUUACACUACGCAACUCAAGGCCAACUUCCAGCUGCACUGCAAGACUGACAAGCACGUGCAGAAGUACCAGCUGGUGGCGCACAUCAAAGAGGGCGGCAAGGGCAAUGAGUGGCGCCUCAAGUGCGUGGCCAUCGGCAACCCUGUGCACCUCAAAUGCAACGCCUGCGAUUACUACACCAACAGCUUGGAGAAGUUAAGGAUGCACACAGUCAGCUCUCGUCAUGAGGCCAGUCUCAAGCUGUACAAGCAUCUACAACAGCAUGAGAUUGCAGUGGAAGGUGAGUCUUGCUACUACCACUGUGUCCUGUGUAACUACUCCACCAAGGCCAAGCUCAACCUCAUCCAACACGUCCGUUCCAUGAAGCAUCAGCGCAGCGAGAGCCUGCGGAAGCUCCAGCGCCUGCAGAAGGGCCUGCCUGAGGAAGAGGAGGAGUUGAGCGCCAUCUUCACCAUCCGCAAGUGUCCGUCUGCUGACACGGGAGAGCUGAGUGAGGAUGUGGAGGCUGCCAGUGAGACCACCACAGAUCAGGAGGACCAAACCAAAGACAGAGAGAGUGGGGGGGAGAGGGAGCUCACCAAAGGGACAGGAUCCAACCAGUCGGAGAGGGAUCAGACAGAUUCCCCAGUCCCCUCCAAGCGGCCUUCCUCAAGGUCGGAGACAGCGGAAAGCCCCCUCUCAUCGAAGAGACCCAGGACAGCUGAGAAGAGCAGUGCAGAGCAGAUGUACCAGUGCCCCUACUGCAAAUUCGGCAACACAGAUCUGAACCGCCUCAGAAUGCACGUGAUGACGCAGCACUCAGUGCAGCCUAUGUUCCGCUGCCCGCUGUGCCAGGACAUGCUUAACAACAAGGUCCACCUGCAGUUCCACCUCACCCACCUCCACAGCGUGGCACCAGACUGCGUCGACAAGCUUAUUGCCACAGUGGCAGCAUCGGAAGUACUGCCAGCAAGCAUGUUCACACCAGUCCCUGGACCAGAGAGAGAUUCUCAAAUCAUGCCUCAGUCCAACUCAAGCUCUGAAGACAUUAAGAAACAAACAGAGGUGCCAGAUGUUGAGCCUGAGAAAGGUGUUUGUCUGGCCACAGAUAAAGCUGAAGCUCGCAAGUCUCCUCUUAAGGAGCAACAGCCUGCAAGAGAUGAUUCCACUGGUUUUGUUUGUUGGAAAAAGGGCUGUAACAAAGUCUUUAAAUCCUCCAAUGCCCUUCAGAUGCACUUCAAUGAGGACCACAAUAAAAGGCCCCAACUGCCUGUCUCCGAUCGUCAUGUCUACAAAUAUCGCUGCAAUCAGUGUAGUUUGGCAUUCAAGACAAUAGAGAAACUUCAACUGCAUUCCCAAUACCAUGUGAUCAGAGCAGCCACGAUGUGUUGCCUUUGCCAGCGCAGCUUCAGGACCUUGCAGGCACUCAAGAAGCAUCUGGAGACAAGUCACCUUGAGUUGAGCGAAGCUGACAUCCAGCAGCUCUAUGGAGGUUUACUGAUGAAUGGAGAUCUGAUGAUUAUGGGUGACCCCUCACUCGGAGAGGACCAGGGAAGUCUUCUAGAUUAUGACAAGGAGGGUGAGGAAAGUGACCAAGAAGAAAAGCAAAGCCCAACUGGCAGUGACUCUGGAUCUUUGCUAGAGGAUUCUGGAUCUGAACCCAAAAGAGCCCUGCCAUUUAGAAAAGGCCCUAACUUUACAAUGGAGAAAUUUCUUGAUCCAUCCCGUCCAUUCAAGUGUACAGUCUGCAAAGAGUCAUUUACACAAAAGAAUAUCCUCCUUGUACACUACAACUCUGUGUCUCACUUGCACAAAGUCAAACGGGCCCUACAGGAAUCCACCACUGGCCAGCAAGAACCAACCAGCAGCCCUGAUAAUAAACCCUUCAAGUGCAGUACUUGCAAUGUAGCAUACAGCCAGAGUUCGACACUGGAGAUCCACAUGCGCUCAGUUCUUCAUCAGACCAAGGCCAGGGCGGCAAAACUUGAUGCAGCUGUUGGCAGUUCGAGCUCUGUUACCAUUAGUGGCCCAAGUGGAAGCACUUCUAAUAGCACUUCAACCCCAAGCCCAAUUCCAGCCACUAACUCCACCACGAGCUCUAGCAACAGCAGCAGCUCACCAGUAGGAGCCCAGACAGCACAGAGCACAGCAGCAAGUCAUUCUCACAACAUUGACAAUUUGAGCAACUCAGCAUGUCAUUCAUCUCCUUCUGAGAAUCAUGAUGUGAAAAAGAAAAAAUUUGCUGAUAUACUUUCCUCAAGGGGCCAUCAGCAACAACUCCAGCAACAGCAGCAGCAGUUGGCCCAGGCUCAAGCACAGGCCCAAGCUCAGCUCCAACAGGAGUUCCAGCAGGCCGCUCUCCUUCAAUCCCAGCUCUUUAACCCUCUUCUCCAGCACUUCCCGAUGACAACAGAUGCUCUUCUCCCACUUCAGCAGCAACAGUUGCUCUUUCCAUUUUACAUUCCUGGGGCAGAGUUUCAACUAAAUCCAGAAAUGAACCUAAGCUCUUCACUAAAUUUGAGUGGAUCUGCUGCUGCUUCACUGUUGGAGGAACAAAAUAACUCUACUCAGCAGGCCCAGCAGAGCUGCUUGCAACAGCAGCUCAUGCACCAUCACCUUCAACAACAGCACCAAGCUCAUUCACACUCCCAGGGUUCAAGCCAAAUGGCUUUACUUCAGCAGAGUGCUCUAUCUCACCCAGUGGACAAAAAGCCAAAGCCAUCUCCCCACAGUGAGAAAGAAAAAGAGCUGCCAAAGGAUAAAGACAUUUCUGAUAAAGCAGAGGAUCAUGCUCUAAAAGACACUGCAGAAAAUUCAAAGUCCAAAGAAAAUAAAGAUGCUGCUCAAACUGUAGUCAAUGUAAACCAUGACUCUGGAUUUCCUCCUCCGAGGAUUGCCUCAGAUGCUCGUGGAAAUGCAACCAAAGCCCUGUUAGAGAAUUUUGGGUUUGAGCUGGUAAUUCAGUACAAUGAGAAUAAGCAGAAAGCACAAAAGAAGCCAACAGGGUUUCUAUCAGGAUCCAGUGGGCCAGCUGGUAUCACCAGAGUGGUUGACCCUAUUGAAGGAUUAGAGAAGCUGGAGUGUGAGUCCUGUGGUAAGCUCUUUUCAAACAUAUUGAUUCUGAAGAGUCACCAGGAACAUAUCCACCAGGCUUUCUUCCCAUUCCAAAUCCUAGAGAGAUUUGCCAAAGAAUACAGAGAACAAUAUGACAAGCUGUACCCAUUGAGGCCCCAGACACCCGAAACUGCUGCUCCUCCACCACCUCCUCCACCCCCACCUCCACCACCCCAGAGGGUACCAACACCAAAUAUUCCUGUUACUACCCCUACCCUCACACCGCCAACUGCUCCAGCCCCCCAGCCUCCAGUUCCACUGGCUCAAAUCCCAAUGCAAAUGGAUCUGCAACUAUUCUCUCCACUCAUGAUGCAGCCUAUGUCACUCCAAUCAUUACCUUCUCAGAUUCCUACCCAGCUGCCAGCUAUGGAGCCCAGUCUUUCCACUGAUCUGGCCCAGCUGUACCAACAGCAGCUGACCCCUGCCAUGCUGCAGCAACAGAAUAAGAGGCCCCGCACCCGUAUCACAGAUGACCAGCUUAGGGUGCUUCGCCAAUACUUUGACAUCAACAACUCUCCAAAUGAAGAACAAAUAAAGGAAAUGGCAGAUAAAUCCUGUUUGCCUCAGAAAGUCAUCAAACACUGGUUCCGUAACACACUUUUCAAAGAGCGCCAACGCAACAAAGACUCGCCUUAUAACUUCAAUAACCCUCCAAUUACCACACUAGAAGAUACAAAAAUUGAUUCAAAGCCACCCUCCCCUGAACCUCAAAAGCAUGAAUCAUAUGGAAAUAAGAGGUCCUCACGGACAAGGUUUACAGACUACCAGCUGAGGGUACUGCAAGACUUCUUUGAUGCCAAUGCUUAUCCUAAAGAUGAUGAAUUUGAACAGCUGUCCAAUCUUCUAAGUCUGCCAACUCGAGUCAUUGUUGUAUGGUUUCAAAAUGCCAGACAAAAGGCCCGUAAAAAUUAUGAGAACCAAGGAGAUGGAGGAAAAGACUGUGACCGACGUGAAUUAUCCAAUGACAGAUACAUUCGCACUACCAACUUAAAUUAUCAGUGCAAGAAGUGCAGCCUGGUUUUCCAGCGCAUAUUUGACCUUAUUAAACACCAAAAGAAGCUCUGUUACAAAGAUGAGGAGGAAGACGGCCAAUAUGACAGCCAAAAUGAGGACUCUGUUGAUCUCUCGCAUGAAUACUACACUACAACUGGGUCUUCGGGUCAUACCCCAAUGCCCUCAUCUUCAAGCCUUUGCCCUCUUCCUCCCACAUCCUCUGCAUUCUCUCAGUUGACAUCAUCUGAAAAGGAGGAGCCUACUCCUGCAAACACCUCAAACUCAGAUGAGAAAGCAAAACACUCUGCAGAAGCAUCAUUGGGCCAAAGAGAACAGACGUCUUUGAAACAGGAAACCAGUCAUCCAUCUGAGAUGCCACAGCAGGGGCCACAAAGAGAGGAAAAGUGUCACACGGUCCCAAAAAAUUCUAAGCUCUCUUCACCAUCCCUCUCCCAAGAGCAACAGCAUAGUGGUCCCUCCAUUUCACACACCAGUCAGACCUCCCAGACUUCCCACAUGGCCCUCAAUGCCCACUUAGCAUCUGCCUCACAGCAGCAGUUGGCCCAACAAAUGAUCCAAUAUCAGUGUGAACAGUGCAAGCUUGCCUUUCCUUCAUUUGAGCAUUGGCAGGAACACCAGCAGCUUCAUUUCCUGAGUGUCCAAAACCAGUUUAUCCAUCCUCAGUUCUUGGAUCGCUCAAUGGACAUGUCCUUCAUGUUAUUUGAUCCUAGCAAUCCUCUCUUGGCUAGUCAGCUCCUAGCAGGAGCCAUACCACAAAUGUCCAGCAACUCUGCCACUUCUCCAUCAACGCCUACAUCCACUAUGAACUCCUUAAAAAGGAAGUUGGAGGAGAAAGCAGGGACUAGUCCAGGAGAAAGUGACAGCAUGAACAGUGGAGAGGAGCCACACCGGGACAAGCGCCUCAGAACCACUAUUACCCCAGAACAACUAGAGAUUCUAUACCAGAAAUAUUUGCUUGACUCUAAUCCCACUCGUAAAAUGCUUGAUCAUAUUGCCCAUGAGGUGGGGCUUAAAAAACGGGUUGUACAGGUGUGGUUCCAAAACACAAGGGCCAGAGAAAGAAAGGGACAGUUUCGGGCUGUCGGGCCAGCUCAAGCCCACCGUCGUUGCCCAUUCUGUCGAGCCUUGUUUAAGGCUAAAACUGCCCUAGAGGCCCACAUUCGUUCACGGCACUGGCACGAGGCAAAACGUGCUGGCUACAACCUGGCGCUUUCCAGUAUGUUACCUGAACACGAGGCCAUGCAGUUUAAGAUGGAACCCCUGGAUAUUUCUAGCUAUGCUCAUCUUGUCCCUUCUAAUAAUGAUGCACAAUGUUCCUCGCUGUCACCUGUGAGCAAAAACAUGGACUUGUCCCCCAGGGCUCUUCUGAGCCCAACGUCUAUCAAGGUUGAGGGAGUGGAGGAGUUUGAAAGCCCAACCAUUUCCUCAGUAAACACAAACUUUGAUCAAAAUAAACUUGAUAAUGACGAUUGUUCCUCGGUGAACACAGCCAUCACUGAUACUACAACAGGUGAUGAGGCAAACGUUGACAAUGAUAGUGCAGAUGUGAAGCACAGCCAUAACAGUGGAGAUUUCUUGUCUAAAUCUGGGGGCACCGUCCCGUCCAUUGAGAACGAUGAACAGAUGUCUUCGGGACUGGUGAGCCCUGCAACAAGCUUCUAUACAAAAGACUUUGAAAAUGAAAAUAUAAUAGAUUACAGUGAAACAUCCAGUCUGGCUGACCCUUGCUCACCAAGUCCAGGGGCCUCUGGGAGUAGAAGCAUUGAUAGUGGAGACAGGCCAGGUCAAAAGCGCUUCCGUACACAGAUGACUAAUCUUCAACUUAAGGUGCUCAAGUCCUGCUUCAAUGAUUAUAGGACUCCAACGAUGCUAGAGUGUGAGGUGCUUGGCAAUGACAUUGGACUUCCAAAGAGAGUUGUUCAGGUCUGGUUCCAGAAUGCUCGCGCUAAGGAAAAGAAAGCUAAGCUCAGCAUGGCUAAGCACUUUGGUAUCAACCAGACAUCUUAUGAGGGACCCAAGACAGAGUGCACUUUGUGUGGUGUUAAAUACAGUGCUCGUCUCUCAGUACGGGACCACAUCUUUUCCCAGCAACACAUCUCUAAGGUCAAGGACACCAUUGGAAGCCAGCUUGAUAAAGAGAAAGAGUACUUUGACCCUGCGACGGUUCGUCAGCUGAUGGCUCAGCAGGAGAUGGAUCGCAUCAAGAAAGCUAAUGAGGUCCUGGGACUAGCACAACAACAAGCCAUGCAGCAACAAGGGAUGUUUGACACACCUGCCUUGCAAGCCUUGAACCUUCAGUCAGGUUACCCAAAUCUACAGGGGAUCCCCCCUGUUCUUCUGCCAGGUGUUGGCGGUCCCUCCAUUCCAGGCUUUAACUCAUCCAACUCAGCUUUAACCCCUCCAAAACCUCCAAACCUCCUGAACAUCCCUGGUGCCAGUGUACCCUCACCUAGUCUCCCCACAUCUGGAUUACCUAACAAGACACCUUCCUCCUCUUCCUUGGCCUCACCCAGCCCAGCUCAGGCCAGCACAUCUGUUUCUCACUCCAGCCCUACCCCUGCAUCUACAUCAAACUCUGUGACAACCCAACCAAGACCCCGUCCUGAACAUCCCAAAGAUUGUGAUACUGAGAGGGCCAGGGAAAAAGAGAAACCCAAGGAGAAGGUUGAGAAGCCCCCUACACUAUCCUCCGCUGGGGGCACACCUGCUCCCUCUGCUUCUGCUGCCAGUGCCAAGAAAGAAAAACCAGACACUGCUGUUCCAGCCACCUCAAUGCCGACACCUGGAAUGGAGUACGUGGUCGACACUGCCCAGCUUCAGGCUCUACAGGCGGCGUUAGCAUCAGAUCCAACAGCUUUGCUAACAAGUCAGUUCCUGCCCUACUUUAUGCCUGGCUUCUCUCCAUAUUAUGCCCCUCAGAUACCAGGUGCUCUUCAAGGUGGAUAUCUUCAGCCUAUGUAUGGUAUGGAAAGUCUUUUCCCCUACAACCCUGCUUUAUCGCAGGCUCUGAUGGGGUUGUCACCUGGAUCUUUGCUUCAGCAUUACCAGCAAUAUCAGCAGAGCUUGCAGGAGGCACUUCAGCAACAGCAGAGGCAACUUCACCAGAUUCAGCAGCCCAAAACAAACCAAACUGCUGACCGUAAGGAAUCUGCCAAAGAUCUGUUAAAAACAGUGCAGAAGAGAAAGUCAUCUGUUGAAACCUCUUCCACUCACAACAAUCUAGCCACUGAGCAGCAUGAAGUGGACAGCAAAGGUGCAGUCCCCCAUCUUGACCAAUUUAUCGUCCCCAAAGUUCAGUUCAGGCUAGCGUGCCGCAAGUGUCAAGCUGUCUUCAACAAAGAGGAAGCGGCUAUCAGCCACAUCAAGUCGAUAUGCUUUUUCGGUCAGUCUGUGGCAAACCUGCAAGAGAUGUUGCUUCGGGUCCCCAACAGUGGGAAAACAGCAGAGGGCAGCCUCUAUGACUGCCUUGCCUGUGACACCACCCUAGAAGGGGACAAAGCAGUCAGUCAACACCUGGUUUCAGCCUUGCACAAACACAGAAAAAUCAAGAGAUCCAGAAAUGCCAAAGAGCACGCUAUUAGUUUAUUACCUCAUUCUUCAGCCUGCUUCCCCAAUCCUAACACCGCAUCUACCUCGCAGUCUGCCGCCCACUCAAACAACACCCCAUCCCCUCCAUCAACAGCAUCAGCAACUACACCGUCUUCAUCCGUGUCCGCAUCAUCAUGCACCAACUCCUCCUUCAUGGCCACCCCACACAACACAACAGCCACAAGCAAACCCUGGUCCCAGACCUCUUUCUCUAGAGCUUUAGCUGGGAAGCCCAAUGCCCCCUCUUCUGCAUUGUCUUCUUUUCCUCCCAUUUCCCCUCCUUCAACAGUUACCUCAAGUUCAUUGAGCACCUCAGGAGUCCAGACCUCAAUACCAACAGACGUCUUUACCGAUGAGUCUGACUCUGACAGCAGUCAGAAAUCAGCAGACAGGCUGGGCAGGCCAGCAGAGGAGCCGCAACAGCCUGGCUGUCUCAAAGACAGCAGUAGUUGUAGUAAUCUUGCUAGUGUAGGAUCGGACUCCAUCAGAUUGUAAACGCUUUCCGUGAUGAACAAUGUAAAAAAAAAAAAAAAAAAAAAAAGGGAAAAAAACAAGAACAAAACACAAAAGAAAAAAGCAGCAAUGUUUAAAAUAUGUUUAAAAUUAUACAGACCCAUUUCAGAGAAAGAUGUGUAAAGACUAACUGCAAUUCCAAAGCUUGUAACCAAAAAUUUUAAUGUUAGUGGAUUGUUUUCCCAUACCAA